AUGGUGUUCCAUGACUUGACAAAUGUUGCACAAGGUACUCGGGCCAACACAAACGCGGAUAUGCUUCGAAUGGUCACAAGCUAUUACAAAGCACUUUAUAGUGAACCCACUCCUGGACUCACAGAUCGUGCUCUCAAAGACUAUCUAGGACAGAUAAAGGUGAGCCUUUCCGCACAACAAGCGGAACAGCUUGACCGCCCUUUCACCCAAGAAGAACUCACUGUGGCUCUCAAACUAUGCAACCAUGGCACAGCCCCGGGCCCCGAUGGAAUUCAAUAUUCAGUCCUCAGAUAUCAUUGGAAACAGUUCUGCCCAGUUCUCGUCCGUACUGGAAAUGAGCUUUUGCAGACAGGGAUGAUGCCGGACGCCUUUCGUGAAGUCCUCAUCACACUAAUCCCCAAACGCCACCAUUCAGCUUCCACUGAUGUGACGCAUUACCGCCCAAUACUGCUCAUCAAUUGCUGUCUCCGAGUUGUUAGCCAAGCUGCUAAUACCCGGAUACAAUCUAUUGCUGAUACUCUUAUUGGUCCUAAUCAACGGGGCUUCAUGAGCAACAGACGUAUGGACGAAAAUCUUAUGGAAACACGCACCCUUCUCAACCUUAUUAAGGAAGCGUACCCGAAAGAUGAUGCAUCUGCACCAGAACGAACCAUUCUUAUGGCCGACUUUAACAAAGCAUUUGACCGAGUCUCCCACCGAUAUAUUCGCCAGGUUCUCUGCCAUAUGGGGUUUGGACCUCGCAUGACGUCCUUCCUUAUGCUGAUAACGUCCGGCCAAAUCGGUCGGAUCACUAUCAACAACUAUGUUGGUCGGUCUUUCCCACUUCUCAGCGGUGUUCGCCAAGGCAACCCUGUGUCUCCCAUUCUCUUUAAUCUCGCGAUUGAGCCUCUUCUAUGUCGCUUACAACAAAAUUUGAUUGGCAUCCCAAUCGAAUAUGAUCCCUUGCAAAUCACGAUCAUGAAGUAUCAUGCCUUCGCUGAUGAUGUUAACAUCUAUCUUGGCGAUGUUCGUGAUUAUGCGACCACCGCCGCGGAACUUGGCUUGUUUGAGAAAGCGAGCAGUAGUCUUGUAAAUACUGACAAGUCAGUCCUUUAUGGGACUCUGCCCGGCUUCCAGCAAGGUCAUGAUCCAUUUCUCCCUUACCCACGUAAGCAUUUGUGGACCCGGAAGGCUGAUAGCUCUUUAGAGUUCACUGAUACGACUUACCUCGGUAUCCCACUUAAUGGUGUUCUAUGGGACAGUUAUCUUCGUACCCUUCCUUUUCUUUGUAAAACUCAAGCGUACCAACUGCUCCGUCUUUGCGUCCGUGCCAUGGGUACCAAUAUCUACGUUCACUCCAAGUUGCCUUUUCGAGAUCUUCAUACACCAAUGCCAUCCCGGCCUCUUAACCGUGUUAAGUUCGCCAUUUCUAAGGUUUUUUACGGCAUUUCACUCAAAAAGUUAUACACCCCCCCUCAAAAGGGAGGGUAUGGUCUAAUUGAGACGGGGCUUCAACUUCAAGGGCAUCGAGCCAAAGUCAUCUACCAUGUCGUCACCGACGACCAGUCUUGGUUUAGUGCUUACAUGCGAUUGAAGUUCAUGCACCACAUGGGCACUCUUGCUCUGCGAAACGCUCAUACCUCCUAUCAGGCCCUCGAGAAAAAGCUUGGCUAUACCUACAUUGGGUGUUAUAACUGGGAAGAUUUUCUCUUCUCCCGACACCGUACUUCACAUCUUAACCUCACCUUUACUGCGAGCGAAGUGGCGUACCUUCACGCUUGGGAUAAACAUGCCCCGAAAACUCGGGCCCCCCGCUUAAGACCGCACAGUGCUUCGGCCACUCAGCUCAUGACUAAAGUCCAGGCCCUGGCCCAACUUAGUCCUGAAGAACGCAAAUGGUGCCAGGCAAAGAAUUUUGCUUCUCUUAGCCGCAAACACCACCGCAAAGAUACGGCCCUUCGCUCUGAGCAACUUCUGCGGCUUCUUCCUCUUUCUUAUAGACAUUGGAAGAAGUUCUGGAAGGAGCUUUACCACUUGGAAUGGCAACUCGGCCAUUCUUUGGAGGCGGGACAGUUUACGGCCCCUUCGGCCACGGGACGUUCUUUAUCGACAUCCAAUUUUUCUGUAGUGCCCUGA